AUGCCUGUAGUUACCAAAUGUUGUGAUAAACAUGAUAUCUGUUAUGAUACUUGUAACGAAAACAAAGAAAAUUGUGAUGAUCAAUUUAGAGUCUGUUUACAGCAAGUCUGUCGCAAAGUGAAAGACGUGUUUUCAACUGAUGCCUAUAAUGGUAAUAUUUGUGAGUCUACUGCUGAUAUGAUGUAUACUGGUGUAUUUGGUUUAGGCUGUAAAUCAUUCAAGGAUUCACAGAAAAACGCCUGUUUGUGUCCAGAGGAAAAAUCCAACCAGAGAGCAAGGAGAAGUACCGAGUUAUGA